AUGUCAAAUGGUAUAACCGACGGACACGACUAUUUCACGAGCACCUCGGAGGCGAGGGAAUGGUUUUACCAGUUUGACAAGCGGUCAAAUUUCCAGCCUCGCGUCCAUCUCAUAGUUCUAGCCGACCACAGGGACGUCACGGACAGGAUGAGUGUCCUCAUGACGGAACUUUCCCACAAGUGCCUAUACACAUACUUUUACCCGCAUGGUGACGCCGUAAGUGUAUCUUGGAAAGACAGGAAGACUCUUUACAAUGGCAUAGUUGAAAGGAUACAAAACAACGAGCGUAUAUGCGCUGUGGACACGCUAGAUGAACUGACCAGGUUUGAGAUGAGCUUCACGGACGCCAGGGCGAUCCUCUUCCUAUGCGCGGAGGCGGAGGCAUUCCGGCACAGACACAGUCUGAGCUUCCUGGAGACGCUGGCUGUCAGUCUACGCACGAAACCAGAGGCCAUACUGCACGUGAAUAUGGAACACAUGCCGCGAGAUUUGUGA